GGGAGAAGUUCCCAUAGACGGCGGCCCGCCGAAGUACAAGAGGCUCCCCGACCAAAGAGGAGGAGUACUGGGGUACUAGCCCAGGAGGCGCCCAGACCGUUGGCCCAGGCGUGGGGACUGUAGGCUGGCAAAUGCUCGCAGGCCUCCGUCCCGACAGCCGCCACGGCACUGCUCUUCCACCCCGGGCAGCUCCAGUUUCUGCUGCUGCUGCCGCCGCCGCUACCACAGCCCGCAGACUCUCACCUCCUUGUCGGCCGCAUUCUCCCCGAUUCCCAGGAGCGCGUACAGAUCCAUUUGCAACAACUCCUUGGUCACCGCCAUGGUCCCGACCCCCGAAACCGGCGUCUUUCUCGAUGAACUACAAAUCCCAGGAGCCUAAGCGCGGACCCGCGCUGGGGAGUUUCCACGUCCAGCUGACACAGCGUUUGGCUGUUCGUGCUGGAGGCGCUUUGCCCCCUGGGAAUUGAAGUUUUCUUGGAGCUCUCCGAAGGCCUCCCGCUCGAGGAAAAGAACUACUUUUCCCAGCAGGCAUCGUAGAGACCCCUCUGGACUGAGCCGGGUCUGUGCAAAGGCCUCUUGGGCUCUUAAGGGGUGGGGGCAUCCGGAGCCGGUGGUUGUAAGGACUAGGUUGCGGUUCGGAACUGUGUUGUGGGCCUAGGAAAGUCUGCCAGCGGAGGGGUAGUGUCCUGGCGGGCAGAGGAAGCUAUCUGUCGUGCCCUGGAGAUGGAGGGCAGGUGCUAUGGUUGCGCGGUCAAAUUCACUCUGUUCCGAAAGGAGUGUGGUUGUAAGAACUGUGGUCGAGCCUUCUGUUCCAACUGCCUGCCCUUCAGUGCAGCUGUACCCCGCUUUGGGAAUGCCCAGCAGAAGAUCUGCAAGUCGUGCCAUGAGGCACUGACCAGAGGGCCUUCGGAGGCUGGCGUCUCCAAGUGGUCACCGCCUGAGAAUUACAAGAAGCGAGUUGCUGCAUUGGAAGCUAGACAGAAGCUCGUUGCUCCCCAGAGUAUGGUUCGACCACAGGGACUGUCUCAAGAAGACCAGGUCAUUGCCAAGCGACUUGAAAAACUCCGCCAAGAGACCAAGCCUAAGGUGGUGCCCUCCCAGGCAGAGAUCGAGGCCAGGCUGGCUGCGCUUCGGGAUGAGCCUCGACACCCCAUCCUUUCCGCUGAGGAGAUGGAGGAUCGACUAGCUGUGCUGCAGGGCAGGGCCCCCCCAUCCCAGGCUCCCCGGCCGGUUCACCAACCUCCUGACACCAGAACACAGGUCCAACAGGCAGAGGAUCUUUUGACGCAGCUGGCAGCCGAGGUGGCCAUCGAUGAAAGCUGUGAUCAAGAAACCCCAGCCCCAGGUGUCUCUCUGCAAAAUGACCUUAACCGGGACAGCCCAAGGGGCUGGAACAUUGGCCCUGCCGAAGUGGCCCGGCAGCAGCUGGAAGGAGAGAAGGGCAGGCUCCUGGCAGAGGCAGCAGCUGAGCUGAGGGAGGAGAACACCAGGCAGGACAGGAUCCUGGCUGUUGCCAAGCGGCUAGCUGUACUUCGGGGCCUGGACCCAGAAGGAGUGACCUUGCAGAAUUAUCACUUCCCUGACAGUGAUGAGGAUGAAGAGGAAGCCAUCCAGAGGGUCCUUCAGCAGGUACGGCCUCCCUGGCCCACGACUCCAGUUCCCUGCCUUGGCUCUGUCUCCUGUUUCUCCCUCGCUGGGUUGUGCCCCACUGCCUGCCAAACCCUUCCCCCAGAAUGCCCUUGUGCACACUCCCCAGGGCUGGGCUGGGCUGGGGCUGCUGUCCAGGCCCUGCCCCCAGUUCGGCUUUGUGCACCCCAGGAUGAUAGGGAAGCAGCAGCCGGAGUGGGGAGGGGGGGAAGUGGGGACUGGGUGGCAAAGGUCACAAGGAGAUGUAGAGAAGAGGCUGUUCCUGGCACCCUCCCCUCUUCCUGUUUGCAGCUUACAGAGGAGGCUGCCAUAGAUGAGGCGAGUGGCUUCAAUAUCCCUGCAAAGCAGCCUCCCGCACCCCGAGCCCAGCCUACGUGUCCACAUCCCAAGAGCAACCUGCGGCGAGGACCCUCUGCCUCCCACCCUGCUGCUUCUCUCCAGGCCCCGGCUGUGGCCCCCCAGGUGGAAUCAGAGGAGGAGGUAGAGCUGCCCUGGUGCUGCAUCUGCAAUGAAGAUGCCACCGUGCGCUGCUAUGGCUGCGAUGGAGACCUCUACUGCCCACGCUGCUUCCGGGAGGGCCAUGAUGCCUUUGAACGGAAAGAGCACCGGACAUCUGUCUACUGCCCCCCCUGCACUGGCCGAGAGCACUAACCCUGGCUGAAGCUCCGGGGGUGGGGGUGUCCUUCUAGAAAGGCACAACCCUGUAAACAGUUCCUCGAGAUGUCAGGCAGGGGCCCAGGUGUUACGGUUCCUGGUUGUACUGCAUCUCAGAGGAUGCUCCCUGGGGGUGCUCCCCAGAGGGUGGACCUCAUGCAUGAGGAAGCCCUCCUCUGUAGGCUUCGGCUUACCAGGGAGGAGGCAGGAUCCUCUCUCCUAAGAUGACGGUGACUUGGCAGGGAGAAGGGACUGGGAGUCUGGGAAAAGACACACCCCAAGUCAGAGCCGCUGCUAGUGGGGAGGGGCUGUGUGGGGGGAGGAAAAUAGAGGUCAUCUGAGUGUUUUGAUUCUCACUGUACUAAUACUGUCAGUCUUAAAACCUGGCCCAAAGAGUUGUCCUCCCAGCUGGUCCACUGGAAAGCACACAGUACCUCAUUAGCUUCCAAUAAAAUGUAUUAACUCCCCAAAA